AUGUUCUCGCUAUGGCCGGUGCCAGAGUAUAGCUUUACGGACACAUUUUCAUCUUUUUGCUUCGCCUCCUUGCUGAUCAAGCCGGAGGUGGUCAGCACGAACGUGGCAGUUGCAGAGGAAUGCCUUUGGCUGCUUACCCAGAGCAUCUACAACAUCAAGUAUUCUGAGGCAAUGCGCCUUGAUUUUUUCACGCAGCUGCAGAAGUCCGAGAUUGCUGCUACGUCUCAGCGGAUCAAGGAGCAAUGGGUGAAUAAGCUCCAAAAGAUCAUGCUGCAGCACUUCACCAAUGUGGGCAAGGGAUGGUUCUCUAUCCACGAGACCAACCCGGACACCUACCGACAGGGCAAGAUGCGGAAGCUCUUGGCUGUCAUCCGCUUUAUCAUGCAGGACACGCUGCGCUACUUUGCCCUGGACUCUGUGGCGCACUACUGCGAAAGCCUGGAGAGGUACUGCCCUGUCCACGUAGAUGUGCAAGAUCUUCUGCAUGUGAAUAGCGCCUUUGAAGCUGCACCUCCGGCGGAUACACCGCCGCGACUCUUUCACAAGGCCGCCUCCGCCUUCAUGGCGCAGCGCAACGGAGGCGGAUCAGGUGAAGCUGAAAGCCAAGAGUCCCAUGGUCUCUUCAUCCUGGAGCUGCGCCAUAGUGAAGACAAGCAGAAUUUUGUCUACUCUUCCGAUGGGGUGCAGGUGAUCGAUGUGUGCAAGAAAGUCUUGGAGCUGGGGCUCCAGAGCCUGGACGUGCCCCAGCUGGAUGCCCUGGUGGUGCCACAGCUCUUCCGGACCGUUGUGCACAAACAGGUGCUCAGCACUGUUGAGAUGACGGAGCCCUGGGUGGUGCAGCGCCAAGAGCUGCUCGUGGAGAAGCUGGGCCGGACCCUGCCUUCGCUCACCGAGUUUAUUCAGCUCUUUGAGCCUUACCAGACCUUACUUCGCCUGGAUCCCGUGGAGUAUGUGAAGGAGAAAGCUUUGGCCGAGAUCAACACGGAAGAGGCCAGACAGCUCAUCCUGGAGCAUAUAGAAGAAGAGCAGCAGGUCUUGGAUGCCAUUCCAGAGACGACGGUGCUAGGGCUCUUCGAGGUGCACUGCUCGGAGAUCCGAAAGGUGCUGGCCAGCAGACAUAGAAAGAUUGUGGAGCUGAUGGAAGACAUGCUUCUCCAACGUUUCCGGGAUUCCGCUCAAGAGGUUGCGGAUAUCUUCGCAGGGAUCUUUGCCCAGUUGCGCAAGGCACCGAAGAAUAUCGAGCAGUCCACCGAGCUGCGGGAGUUUAUGAGUGGUGUCCCUGCAGAAGUGGCGAAGGCUUCUCCUGACAUUCAGAAGUGCAUACAAAUCUAUGCGGUCCUCGAAGGCUUUGCUGUGAAGCUCACCAGUGACGAUGCUUACCAGCGGUGGCGAGUGUAUGCCUGCCCGAAGCAAACCUUUGAUUUGAUGGGGCAGGUAGAGCACGAGCUGGUGAAGGCAGAGAAAGGCUACCUGAAGGACAUGCAACAGGAGCAGACGGAUUUCGAUGAGAACUUGGUGGAUUUAGCCGGCAUCGUGGACUCCUUUGCACAAUACUCGAACUUGGCCAACAUCAAGGAGAUCUACGACAAUGUAGAAAGUGUGAACGAGCGGUUGAAGCUUGCAAGCACGCAAGCAAAGCUGUUCAACUCACGGGAGGCGUUGUUUGGACAAGAAUCGUCCGACUACAGCCACCUUCAGCAACUUCAGAAGGAAUGGGAGCCCUUCUCAAACCUCUGGGUAACAGCCUACCACUGGCUAGAGGACUCGGAGAAGUGGAUGAAUGGGCCCUUUCAGGAGAUGGAUGCCAAGUACUGCGAGCAGUCUGUGACCACGGGCGCCAAGACGCUCUUCAAGACCGUCAAGGGCCUGGAGAAGCGUGAGGAUGCCGCCAAGGUUCUGCAGAUCGCGCGGGACAUCAAGGAGCAAAUCGACGCCUUCCAGCCUUACCUUCCCAUUGUCACUGGCCUGCGCAAUCCAGGCAUGCGUGAGCGCCAUUGGAAGCAGGUGAGUGACUUGGUUGGCCAAGAUGUCAGUCCUGAGAUGGAGGACUUCACGCUGAAGCACUUCAUCGCCCUAGGUAUGACCGAGCACACCGGCACGAUCAGCGACGUUGGUGACAAGAGCGGCAAGGAGCUGGCAAUUGAGACACAGCUCAACAACAUGAUCACCGCGUGGGACAACAUGAGAUUUGACUGCAGCGAGCCAUACCGCAGCACCCAGACAUACAUCUUGAAAGGCGCAGAUGAGGUGAUUGCCCUCGUGGACGAACAGAUCGUGCUGACGCAGGCCAUGCAAUUCUCGCCCUUCAACAAGCCUUUCAAGGAUGAGAUCGAUGCCUGGGCUGAGAAACUGCUCUAUGUCUCGGAGUGCCUGGACGGAUGGCUCAAGGUGCAGCGCGCUUGGAUGUACCUGCAGCCCAUCUUCGACUCUCCGGACAUCAUCAAGCAGUUGCCCACAGAAGGCAAGAAGUUUCGCCUGGUGGACAGCAAGUGGCGUCAGGCCAUGGCGCGGCUUCAUCAGAAUGGCGCCGCCUUACAGGCGUGCUCCAUGGAAGGCUUGCUGGAGACGUGGAACAAUGCGAAUGCCGACCUGGACAUGGUGCAGAAAGGUUUGGAUGACUACUUGGAAACCAAGCGUGGGGCCUUCGCGCGGUUCUACUUCCUAUCCAAUGAUGAGCUGCUGGAGAUUUUGUCCCAGACAAAGGACCCACUCAGGGUCCAGCCGUUCUUGUCCAAGGUCUUCGAAGCAAUGAAGAAGUUGACCUUUACCGCUGAAUUGUCAGCAACGCAGAUGGUGUCCAAGGAAGGGGAGACCAUUGACUUUGUCAGUCCUGUGCACACGACCGGAAAAAAUGUUGAGACCUGGAUGACGGAGGUGGAGAAUCAGAUGUUGGCGGCAAUCCGUGAGGUCAUCAAGAUCGGAGUCGAGACCUACCCAGAGAUUCCCAGAACCGAGUGGGUUCUGUUGCAGCCGGGACAGGUCUGCUUGAAUUCAAGUCAGGUGCAUUGGACUGCGGAGGUGGAAGAAGCCAUCGAGUCUGCGGGUUUGUCCGACUACUUCACCAAGCUCUCUGACCAGCUCAUGGGCCUGGUCCGCUUAGUGCGCGGAGACAUCACCCCGCUGCAGCGUAUGAGCAUUGGGGCUCUCAUCGUGAUUGACGUGCAUGCCAAGGACACUGUGGAAAAGAUGGCGCGCGACAACAUUACUGACGUCUUCUCCUUCGAGUGGAUCUCCCAGUUGCGGUACUACUGGGAGGUGGACGACAGGAACACUGAGAACCUUUGGGUGCGCAUGGUUCAGACGCCCUUCCCAUAUGGCUACGAGUACUUGGGCAACUCCUUCCGCCUGGUCAUCACGCCUCUUACCGACAUGUGCUACAUGACUCUCAUGGGGGCCCAGAGCUUGAACCUCGGCGGGGCUCCAGCUGGCCCGGCAGGUACUGGCAAGACGGAGACCACCAAGGACUUGGCCAAAGCUUUGGCCAAGCAGUGUGUGGUCUUCAAUUGCUCGCCAGAGAUGGACUACUUGAUGGUCGGGAAGUUCUUCAAAGGGUUGGCAUCGAGCGGAGCAUGGUGCUGUUUUGACGAGUUCAACCGCAUCUACAUUGAGGUGCUGAGUGUGAUUGCACAGCAACUGUUGCAGCUCUUCUCGGCCAAGCAGUCCAUCGAGUCCUACAACGACACCACGGAGUUGGAGUUUGACUCGACUCUGAUCGUGAUGAAGCCUACGUUCAACGUGUUCAUCACCAUGAAUCCUGGCUACGCAGGACGAUCGGAGCUGCCGGACAACUUGGCGGCGCUGUUCCGGCCCAUGGCGAUGAUGGUGCCGGACUAUGGUUUGAUCGGCGAGAUCAGCUUCUAUGCCUUCGGCUUUGAGAAAGGGCGACAUCUCGCCAAGAAGAUGGUGACAACGUUUCAGCUCUGCAGUGAGCAACUCUCCGCACAGUCCCACUAUGAUUACGGCAUGCGGGCCGUGAAGACCGUCAUUGAAGCAGCCGGUCUCAACAAGCGCCAGUAUCCAGACCAGAGCGAGUCGCAGAUCUUGCUUCGAGCACUCCGUGAUGUCAAUGUGCCAAAGUUCCUGAAAGACGACCUGCCGCUCUUUGAAAAUAUCAUCUCCGACCUUUUCCCUGGAGUGGAGCGUCCGCAAAUGGACUACGGGCGGUUGGAAGAAGCAUGCCACACCGAAAGCCUGGGCCAGAAUCUGCAGCCCGUGCCGUACUUUGUCAAGAAGCAGUUCGAGCUGUUUGAUAUGAUCCAGGUUCGUCAUGGCAUGAUGCUGGUGGGGCCCACUGGGGGCGGGAAGACCUGCUGCUAUCGCUCGCUGCAACGGGCCUGCACUUCUCUGCUGGAUGCCAGCAAGUCGGCCUCCCCAUAUCAGAAGGUGCAUGUGCACUGCUUGAAUCCCAAGUCCAUCACGCAGAACCAGUUGUAUGGAUCCUUCGACGAGAUCACCCGGGAGUGGUCUGAUGGAGUUGCAGCUGAGGAGAUCCGCAAUGCCACGCGGGACGCUGCGCAACCCGACCACCACUGGGUCAUGUUCGACGGCCCUGUGGAUGCCCUUUGGAUUGAGAGCAUGAAUACAGUCUUGGACGACAACAAGAAGCUGUGCCUGGUCAGCGGCGAGAUCAUUGCACUCACACCUCAGAUGCGGAUGAUGUUUGAGGUUGAGGACUUGGAAGUCGCCUCUCCGGCCACGGUGUCCCGCUGCGGUAUGAUCUAUAUGGAGCCUGAGAGCCUAGGCUUCCAGCCGCUCUUUGACUCCUGGCUGGCCGCGUUGCCCGAAACCUUUGGCUUUCAGCCAGACAUUGGCACGAGGCUUCGGAAGUUCUGUGAGGAGCUUUUGCCUUCGAGCGUGAGCUAUGUUCGGAAGUGCUGCAAGGAGGUGGUCCAGACGCAGGACACGAACUUGGUGCAGUCCCUGUUCCGGAUGCUGGACUGCUACUUCGCCGCCUUCCGGCCCUCCGAGCUGCGUCCGGCGGCCGCCUUCAAGGAGGAGGUGGCCGAGUUCCUGCCCCACGUUACGCCACUCUUCAUUUUUGCCAUGGUCUGGUCUUUGGGCGCCAGCUGCGAGGGGAGCACUCGCUCCGCCUUCUCGAAGCUUAUUUGGGCCAUCACCUCGCAGGAGAUGCACACCGCUCUCUCCCGGGACGUGGAGGACAGGAACAUUGAGCUCCCUCCAGCACAGGAAGGAAUCAGGUUGGAGGGGCUGGACCAAGGGGCCCUCAUCUACGACUAUUUCUACGAUAUCCAGAAAGGCGAGUGGAUCCCAUGGAUGCAAACCAUCCCCACCUUUGAGAUCCCCCGCGGAGCUCGUUAUGAAGAGAUCGUGGUUCCUUCCGUCGACUCAGUUCGCCUGGUCUACGCUUUCCAGAUUCUGAUCACCCACGACAAGCACGUUCUAUGCCCUGGCGCCACAGGGACGGGCAAGAGUGUCAACAUCUCCAUGUGGCUGCAGAAGCAGGCGCCCGAGAACUUUCAAGGCGUCUUUGUCAACUUCUCUGCCCAAACACAUGUGAAUCAGUUCCAAGACCUUAUCGAUGGAAAACUGGAGAAGAGGAGAAGAGGUGUGUAUGGCCCACCUGCCGGCAAGAAGAUGGUGCUUUUUGUUGAUGAUUUGAACAUGCCGCAGAAAGAGUAUUAUGGCGCUCAACCACCGAUUGAGCUGCUUCGUCAAUGGCAUGAUCAUGGUGGCUGGUACAACAGGAAAGAGCUGAAGAAGUUUGAUAUCACAGACAUGGUGAUGGCCUCCGCCAUGGGCCCGCCCGGAGGUGGCCGCACCUUCAUCACGGAGCGCUUGAAACGUCACUACAACGUGCUGGCCUAUUCUGAGCUGCAGGACGAGUCCAUUGCCCAAAUCUUCCAGACGAUGACCGCCUACUUCUUAUCCGGGUUCGAGGAUUCCAUCCAGGCCACGAUUCCCACCAUGAUCGAAAGCACGGUGAACGUCUUCAAGCAUGCGCUUCAGGACUUGCUGCCGACACCUUCCAAAUCUCACUACCUCUUUAACCUCCGCGACAUUUGGCGUGUCUUCCUCGGGCUGUGCACCUUGAGCUCCAAGAAGGCCAACCAGCGCGAGGUCGUCAUCCGCUGCUGGUGCCACGAGAUCCAAAGGGUGUUUGGGGACCGGCUGACGGACGCCCACGAUGCCAAGUGGAUGACGGAUCAGAUCAAAGGACAGCUGGAGACGAGCUUUCACAUCGAUGCCGGGUCGAUCUUUGUCACCGAGCGGCUGAUUUUCGCCUCCUUCCUCAACCAAGAUGCUGACCAGCGCUACUACGAAGAGGUGCGGGAUGUCCAGGCGAUGAAAGAGUGCAUCGAGGAGUACCUGGAAGAGUACAACAGUGUCAGCACCUUGCAAAUGCCCCUGGUCAUGUUCCUGGAUGCUUGCGAGCACUGCGCACGAAUUUGCCGUGUGUUGAGCCAUCCCAGCGGCAACGUCUUGCUCCUUGGGGUCGGAGGCAGCGGACGCCAAAGCUUGACGCGGCUGUCAACAUACAUGAACGACUGUGAGUGUUUCCAGAUCGAAGUGGCCAAAGGGUAUGGAAUGACGGAGUUCCGGGACGACGUGAAGAAAUGCUUGAUGAAGUGCGGAGUGGAGGACAAGGUGCAAGUCUUCCUUUUCUGUGACACCCAAAUCGUGAAGGAGGACUUUGUGGAGGCCAUCAACAACGUGCUCAACAGUGGUGACGUUCCGAACCUCUACGCCAACGAGGACAUGGAGUCCAUCUCAGGGGCGUGUCGGCAGCUGUGUCAGAACAUGGGCAUGCAGCCCAACAAAGCCAACCUCUUCAGCGCAUACCUCUCUAGGGUGAAGAAAAACGUCCACGUCGUUCUCGCCUUUUCGCCUGUGGGCGACAGCUUCCGCAGUCGUCUGCGGAUGUUCCCAUCCUUGGUGAAUUGCUGCACCAUCAACUGGUUCCGCGAGUGGCCAGCAGAAGCGCUGUAUUCCGUGGCCAAGCAGCAGCUCUCCGUGAACCAAGUCCAGCUGCCCAACUUCGAAGGCUCAGUGAAGCUGUUCCAGGUGAUGCACAUGAGUGUGGAGACGGCCUCCAAACAAUUCCUGGACCGCAAUAAGCGACAUGUCUACAUCACCCCUACCUCAUAUUUGGAGCUCCUCAACAGCUUCAUCAAUGUACUUUCGACGAAGCGAAAGCAGGUGGGCACGCAGCAGAAGCGCUACAAGGUGGGCCUGGAGAAGAUUGGUGACGCGGAAGCGCAGGUGAGUGGCCUGCAACAGACCCUGGUGGAGAAAAAACCUGUCUUGGAGAAGACGCAGAAGGAAGUGGAAGAGAUGAUGAAGGUGAUUGAAGUUGACAAAGCUGCAGCACAGGAAGUAUCUACCAAGGUUGCCAAAGAAGAAGCUGAGGCCAAAGCUAAGGCGCAAGCCACUCAAGCCAUCAAGGAUGACGCCCAGAAGGACUUGGACGAAGCACUGCCCGCCUUGGACACCGCCGUCGCCUGCCUGAAGAAGCUGAAAGCGGAUCACAUCCGCGAGGUCAAGGUGCUUCCGAAUCCUCCGGCGGGUGUGCGCCUUGCAUGUGAGGCGGUGUGUGUCAUGUUCCAGCUGAAGCCGGUGAAAAAGAAUGACCCGAAUACGCCUGGCAAAAAGAUUGACGACUUUUGGGAGACCAGCCAAAAGGAGAUCCUGCAGGAUGCCAAAGCGCUGCUGGACAGACUCUUCAACUUCGACAAGGACAAUAUCCCGGACAAAGUCAUCCAGACCAUCACGCCGUACAUGGAGCGCGAAGACUUCGACCCGGCAGCGAUCAAGAAGGCCUCGGUGGCCUGUGAAGCGCUGUGCCUGUGGGUGGGCGCCAUGUACAAGUACCACUUCGUGGCCAAGGCAGUGGAGCCAAAGCGGCAGCUCCUCCGUGAGGCAGAAGCUGACCUUGCAGAAUGCAUGGCCAAGCUCGAGGCAGCGCAAGAAGCCUUGCGGGAAGUGCACGACAAGAUCAAGAAGCUGGAAGCAGACUAUCAUGCGGGCAUUGCCAAGCAGGAGUCUUUGCAACACGACAUGGCAGUUUGCGAGAUCAAGCUUGAAAGAGCGCACAAGCUGAUUGGUGGCCUGGGGGGUGAAAAGGCUCGCUGGGGCGACAACGUUGUCAAGCUCACGGAGCAACUUCAGCUUUUGCCUGGUGACUGCAUCAUCGCUGCUGGCAUGGUCUCUUAUGCUGGGCCCUUUACGUCAGAGUACCGCGCCAAUUUUGAGCACGAGUGGCUCAAGGAACUGGACAAAGAGUUCAUUGCACACAAUGAGGAGUGCAAUAUGCGCAGUGUCCUCGGAGAGCCGGUGAAGAUCCAGCAGUGGGUUGUUUAUUCGCUUCCCAACGAUGCCCUGUCGAUCGAGAAUGCAAUCAUCAUUGACAGAUCCCGCAGAUGGCCACUGAUGAUUGAUCCGCAGCGGCAGGCUAACAAGUACAUCAAGAACAUGGGCAAAGACAUCGAGACUGGUUUUGAUGUCUGCAAGAUGAGUGAGACCAACUUCUUGCGGGUCUUGGAGCUCGGGAUCCAGUUCGGCAAGUGGAUCUUGCUGGAGAACAUUGGCUUGAGUCUUGACCCUGCUCUUGAACCCAUUCUCCAGCAGCAGAAGGUCAGAGAUGGGUCUGGCUACACCAUCAAGCUUGGUGACAAGUCUAUCAACUACGCCGACACAUUCAAGUUCUUUCUGACAACAACUCUGCCAAAUCCACACUACUCGCCAGAGACUUCCGUGAAGGUGACUCUCCUGAACUUUGCCAUCACUCCAACUGGCUUGGAGGACCAGAUGCUGGGCAUCGUAGUGGCAAAGGAGCGACCUGAUUUGGAGGAGCAAAAGAGCCAGCUGGUGAAAGACAAUGCCAAAAUGAACUUUCAGCUGAAGGAAAUUGAGGACGAAAUUCUUCACUUGCUCUCUGCGAGUGAGGGAGAUGUGCUGGAGGAUGAUACUUUGGUGGACAAAGUGACAGCUUCCAAGUCAGUUUCUCUGGAGAUCAGCGAAAAGCAAGAGGUGGCCAAAGUCACGGAGGUUGACAUUGACAAUGCCCGCGAGUCAUACCGCCCGGUGGCAUACAGGACUGCUGUGCUGUUCUUCGGCAUCGUGGAGCUGGCAAACAUUGACCCCAUGUACCAGUACAGCUUACAGUGGUUUCAGCAGCUCUUCCAAUUGGCGGUGGAUCAGUCGCCAAAAGCUGAUGUGCUGGAGGAGCGACUGGAGAUCUUGCAGGACUUCUUCACCGAGUCGCUGUACCAAAACGUUUGUCGAGGACUCUUCGAGAAGGACAAGACCCUUUUCUCCUUUGCGCUGUGCAUCCGAAUCAUGAAAGGUGAUAAGCGCGUGGACGAUGCAGAGCUCCGGUACUUGCUGGUGGGGCCCACUGCCGACUUGCUGGAGCAGGGCCCGGCGAUGCCCGCCGAGUGGGUGGGACCGCAGAGAUGGAACGAGAUUCUCACCGUAUCAAAGCUGCCUGCAUUCAAGGGAUUUGCGAACUUCAUGGCGUCGAAUCUGGAGGAGUUUAAGCAGAUCUAUGACUCCGUCGAAGCCGAGAAGGAGUUGCUGCCUGGGCCGUGGGAGAAGAAGUUGACUCCAAUGCAGCGCCUUUGCUUCGUUCGAAGCUUCAGAGUGGACUGCUUGAAGUCGGCCAUCAUCACAUUCAUCACUCAGGAAAUUGGCGGCAAGUUCGUUGAUCCGCCAACCUUCGACAUUGCCAAGUCCUAUGCAGAUUCCGUCAACACCACACCCUUGAUCUUCAUCCUGUCGCCUGGGACAGACCCAGUGUCAGACGUGAUCCGCUUUGCUGAGCAGGUUGGUAUGGCCAAGAAGUUCGAGCCCAUUUCUUUGGGGCAAGGGCAAGGCCCCAAGGCGCAGAAGAUGAUCGACUCGGCCAGGCAGAGCGGAGGAUGGGUGCUUCUAUCCAACUGCCACCUCAUGCAGUCCUGGAUGCCGACCCUGGAGGCUAUUGUUGAGCAGCUGGACCCAGAGAACAUGUCCAACAACUUCCGGCUUUGGCUCACCUCCAUGCCGGCCAAGUCCUUCCCUGUCCAGGUCUUGCAGAAUGGAGUCAAGAUGACCAACGAGCCGCCUUCCGGCCUCCGUGCCAACUUGCUCCGAUCUUACACUACGGUGACUGAUCGACUCUUCGAGGAGUCAGAGAAGCCAGGAGUCUUCAAGACUCUUCUCUUCGGCUUUUGCUUCUUCCACGCAGUCGUUCAGGAUCGGCGCAAGUUCGGGCCCAUCGGCUGGAACAUUCCAUAUGGCUUCACUCCGGAGGACCUGGCAGUUUGCAGGCAGCAGCUCAUGCUCUUCGUCAACAAGUACAAGGACGUGCCCUACAAAGUGCUGAACUUCUUGGGUGCGCAGAUCAACUACGGUGGCCGCGUGACUGACGACAAGGACAAGUUGCUCAUCUCCACGAUUCUGGCCACCUACAUUUGCCCAGAAGCUGUGACUCAGACCGAUGGCUACAAGUACUCCGCCAGUGGAUUGUACUAUGCCCCGCGCGCUGAGACAGUUGAGGAUUUUGUGGAGUACAUCCGAAGCCUACCGCUUUACCCCAUGCCAGAGGCCUUCGGCCUUCAUGACAACUGUAACAUCACCUGCGCUCAGGAUGAGGCUUUGAAGCUGCUGGUGGGCAUGCAGAGCAUGGUUUCCGCUGGUGGCGGGGGCGGCGAUGGCAAAUCCGCGGAUGAUGUCAUGGACGCGACAGCAGCCUCCAUCCAGGAUAAGCUGCCUAGACCUUUUGAGCUGGAUAUGUGCGAGCAGAAGUUCCCUACGCUCUAUGAGGAAUCCAUGAACACCGUUGUCAAACAAGAAUGCCUCCGUUACAACAAGCUGCUGAACACCAUGGAGAGCUCUUUGAAGGCGUUCCGGAAAGCCAUCAAGGGCUUGAUCGUCAUGACAGCGGAGCUCGAGGAGCUUGGCAAGUCCGUCUUCGUAAAUGAGGUACCUGAGAUGUGGGCGAAGAAAGGCCCUUUGUCGUUGAAGCCGCUGAGCAGUUGGUUUCCAGACAUCAUUGCGCGGGUGUCAUUCUUUCAGAACUGGAACGAUCUCGGCCACACGCCGCCGGUGCAUUGGAUCAGCGGCAUCUUCUUCCCUCAGGCCUUCUUUACAGGGGCGAUGCAGAACUAUGCCAGGAAGCACGGGGAAGAGAUCGAUCUGCUCUCGUUCUCCCAGAAGGUCAUGGACAAUGUGGUCAAUCCGAAGAAGGAAUUGACGAUGGCUCCGGAGGACGGGGUGUACAUUUAUGGCCUGUACAUGGAAGGCGCCCGCUGGGACUGUACGACGCACCUGGUACAGGAAUCCGAGCCCAAGGUGCUUUUCACUGAGCUUCCCACACUGUGGUUCCUGCCCGUGAAGGACCGCGUGCCUGACGUGAAGGAUUACAGAUGUCCGACCUACAAGGUACUCAGUCGCAAAGGGACUUUGCUGACGACGGGCCAUUCCACCAACUUUGUGCUCUACUUGGAACUUCCAACGGACCAGGCCGUGUCGAAGUGGAUCAAGGCAGGUGUGGCAUCCUUCCUAGCCUUGAAGCAUUGA